CAAGCCAGCAGUAAAUCUUGGGGGAAAGAAAAAGUAUUCUGAGAAUUUGCGGCUGUUAGCGCUCCUAUCUCUCUCUUGCAGAGUCAUUGAGAAAGAGAGAGAGAGAGAGAGGAUGACCGCCACUACCACCAGCAGCAGCAGAGUCUCCGCUUUCUUCUCUGUACCGAUAAAACUAUCCAACCAACUCCAAGCAACGGUGCACAACAAGCAAGUCAUUUUCAUUCCAAAACUGCAAACUUUCUCCAUUGCCCAAGCAAAAAAAACUCCUUCAGUAAAGCUCAGUCCUUUGCUCCGCUUUGCUUCAACAUCCUCAUCACCUGCUGUUGAAGAAGAAGAGGGUCAAGAAAAAGGAGAUGAGUUUCCCCAUUCAGAUAAUCAUGAGGUUCUUCUCCAAUCUGGAUCAUCCACACUUCUACAAGAACCUCAGACUCCACCCUCUGUGAGGGGCUGUCAGGUAUGUGGGAAAGAGGAAAUUGAAAGGGGCUGUAAUGGUGAAGGAAGAAUUCAAGGGGGGAUAGCAACAGUACCAGGUUUUGGUUGGUGGCCAAUAAAGGCAUACCGGCCUUGCCCAAGUUUUGUGGCUACUGGUGGUAGAUAUAGGCGGACUGGACAAAGCAUGGAUGAUAUUGGAUUUGGGGGAGGCGGGAGAGAAGCUUCAGCUGGGAACGACAGAAAUGCUCAAUCAAGCAAGAAGAAACAAGGACCAACGAAAUUCAAGCCCUAACAGUGGAAGAAACAAGGAACAAGGAAAUUCAAGCGCUAGCAGCGGAGUUGGGAGCUUACUUGCUUUCUUUCUUCUACCUUUCAUAUUUCAAAUCGGUAGCAGUGGAGUUGGAGGGCAAACAUAUAGGAAUGGCUCUAAACGUUGUAUAUUAUCCUGGUCAGAAUUACUUCGGUUCGGUACCUACUGAGAAACAUGAUUAAUUAAUCGUCCUACUGCUCGCUAAUUGUAGUUGCUAGAAAGUUGAAGGUAUUUAUAUGGCCAUCCUUUAUUGUUAGUAUCAUGUAUUUAAACCUCAACGGAAGUGGAUAAUACUUUCGUUCUGAGAACAGUUUAGCUUCAAAUGGAAGUAUUCGACCUCUUUUCUUUCAA